GUUGUUGAGAGGUGAACGGUGCAGUAGAUCCAGGUUUCCUCCGGGUCUGAAGCCGAUCUGCGGCUCUGCAUCUGAGGGAAAUAUUUUCCUCCUCCGGGUUGCCAGAGGGGCGUUCGUUUGGUUCUGUUUUGUCUCCCAGAGGAGCGGAGUUACACGGUUCACCAAAAUGGCAACUCCGUAUGUCGAGGAUGACUCCGGUAAGAAAGAUGAACGAAAGUACAUCGCCUCCACACAGCGGCCCGACGGGACGUGGAGGAAACCUCGGAAAGUGAAGGACGGUUACACCCCCCAGGAGGAGGUUCCUGUCUAUGAAAACAAGUUUGUGAAGUUCUUCAAGGGUAAACCCGACCUUCCUCCGGGGAUGAGUGCAUCUGAGUCUCAGCAGCAGAAGCCCCCGGGCGGUGGGGGGGGCGACACCGACACCUCCGGCCUCUCCAAGUCGGCCAAACGCAACAUGAAGCGCAAAGAGAAGCGGAAGCAGCAGCAGCCGGACGGAGAAGUGGACGCUGUGAGCGACGCCGUGGAGAACGUGUCCAUCUCAGAGGACGCUAACGAGAAGACGCCAGUGUCUAAUCCGCCCGACGACAGCGCCUCAGCUGCAGCAGAGAGGGUGAAGAAGCUGAAAAACCUGAAGAAGAAGCUGCGGCAGGCAGAGGACCUGCAGCAGAAAGUGGACUCAGGAGAAAUCACCGAGCCGACCAAGGACCAGCAGGAGAAGCUGUCCCGGGUUAAGACCCUACGGGAGGAGAUCCUGCAGCUGGAGCGGGACUCCUGAAGACACAAAACAGACUGGACAUAAAAACUGAGAGACUGGGAACAUACUCUGUCUGAUCAUGAACUGGGAGUGUCCGGCUCACCCGUUUAUAAUCUCUUUUUAAAGCCUCGCGGUGAAACCUCCGUUGGUCUCACAGCCUCAGUGUUCUGUUUGCUGUCACACACUCACUACAGAUAUUAAAACACACACUCCGUGUUUAUCUCAUUCUGAUUUCAGAGGUGGGGGAUUAUUCAGGAAGGCUGGACCAGAUGUUGGUGCUGAUGUGUAUUUGGUGUUUUUGCAUAUUUUUCUAUUGUCACCAAACGUCAUAUAAAUACCAAAACCAUUAUUAAUAAAUCCUACUGACGAGCUCUGAGUGAA